GGUUGUAGCUGCAUCUUAUUCUGCAUUUGUCUUUUCGUCCUGCUAGGCCACCACGGAACAUCUCGAAAAAUGCUCCUGUUCUCGAGCGUUGUCCAAUUUUCGUUGGCUACAGCUCAUGUUAUCAUAAGCUUGCUGGAGUUGAUUGCUGCUUUCGCAACUUCAGCCAGCGCAGCUGAUAACUACUUCGCCGAUCCUGGUGCCAACGAACUGUUCGUCAGUGGUUUCUUUGUAUAUAUCGUCAAUACAUUCGCUCAAGAACUACUCCUAAUUUGGAGACUAUACGUGAUCUGGGAUCACAACUUCAAGAUAUGUAUCAUGCCGGGAACUAUAUGUGGUGACAUUCUGCCAGGUAUAGCAUCGAUCGCCGUUUCUGGUUUUAUACCCGCAACAGCCACGCCGCUCACGCGCAAUGUCCAUUCAUACGGACUCGCCGGGUGGGGUCUCGAGACUGGUGUCAAUUUUCUUGCAUCAGGCGGCAUAGCCUACCGUUUAUGGCACGCAGGGCGCCGCACGGCUGUUCUUACGGGGCGACACUUCAACUAUAAGGCUAGUUUUCUCAUCAUCGUCGAAUGUGGGGCCCUUAUCACAACGUGUACCGCGGUCAUGUUUUCCCUCUAUGCAGCAAACAAACCGAAGGGACUCGUUGGAGUCGGAGCAGCGACUCAAAUUGCGACUACAUCGCCGUUACUAAUCAUCGCGCGGGUGGGGUUCUCUAUGUCCAAGAGAAAGACGAUUUCGACAGAGACUACCCUUGCUGUCAGCCCGAGUCCCUUGCAAGAGUGA